GGUGCAGCAGCAGCCCGCACACCACCACACUGUUUCUAUGUAUGUGCCGGCUCAGUGCAGACAGAGGUUGUAAACAUGGCGGCGGACGGGAUGGUGCUCACCAACCACGACCAUCAGACCCGAGUAGGGAUUCUGACGGUCAGUGACAGCUGUUUCAAGAACUUGGCUGAGGACAGGAGUGGAGUCAACCUGAAGGACCUGGUCCAUGAUCCCUCACUGCUAGGAGGAGUCAUAGCAGCCUACAAGAUCGUUCCAGAUGAGAUUGAUGAAAUCAAGGACACUCUGUUGGAGUGGUGCGAUGAACAGCAGCUGAAUCUCAUUCUCACCACCGGAGGAACUGGCUUUGCACCACGAGAUGUUACACCUGAGGCCACCAGAGAGGUGAUAGAGCGAGAGGCUCCGGGUAUGGCUCUUGCCAUGCUGAUGGGAUCACUCAAUGUUACACCACUCGGCAUGCUGUCCAGGCCAGUCUGUGGUAUCCGUGGUAAAACCCUGAUCAUCAACCUGCCAGGGAGCAAGAAGGGCUCUCAGGAGUGUUUUCAGUUCAUCCUGCCCGCUCUGCCCCACGCCAUCGACCUGCUGCGUGAAGCCACAGUCAGGGUUAAAUCCACACACACUGCCCUGGAGCAGCUGCCCUCCCCUUCUCCUCUGUUGGCCAACACGCACAUCAACACGCACACCAACACGCACACCAUGGAGCGUGGCACCCAGUGCGAGGAAGAGGAGGACGAGGAGGAGGACAGGAGGAGAGGUCGGCAUGUGCACAACCACCACCAUCACCAGCACGGCUCCUCCCACAUCACCGCAGCUGCUAUCGCUGCCAAGACAAGCCAUGCUGUGGUCAUGGCUAAGGGGGGUCCCUACCUGCCUGGCAACACACCCGACCCGCCCACUCAUUUCACCUGCUCCUGUACCCAUGACCAGCAGAUCCCGGACUCUAUCAUUUCUCGAGGCGUUCAGGUGCUUCCUCGAGAUUCAGCCUCUUUAAGCUCCACCCCUUCCGAGUCACCACGGGCAACACAGGCGACCUCCCGCCUUUCCACCGCCUCAUGCCCGACACCCAAGGUUCAGUCACGAUGUGGCAGUAAUGAGAACAUUCUGAGAGCCAGCCACAGUGCGGUGGACAUCAGUAAAGUGGCACGUCGUCAUCGCAUGUCUCCUUUCCCAUUGACGUCAAUGGACAAAGCCUUCAUCACUGUUCUAGAGAUGACACCUAUUCUGGGAAUUGAAGUCAUUAACUACAGAGACGGUUUGGGUCGAGUGCUUGCUCAGGACAUCUAUGCCAAAGACAACCUUCCUCCAUUCCCUGCUUCCGUUAAAGAUGGCUACGCUGUACGAGCUGCUGACGGCCCAGGAGAUCGCUUCAUCAUGGGAGAAUCACAGGCUGGACAACAGCCCACCCAUACAGUGAUGCCAGGUCAGGUGAUGAGGGUGACAACCGGGGCUCCGAUUCCUUGUGGAGCCGACGCUGUGGUCCAGGUGGAAGAUACAGAGCUUCUGAGGGAGUCUGAGGAUGGCACUGAGGAGCUGGAGGUGAGGAUUAUGGUCCAGGCCCGUCCCGGACAGGACAUCAGGCCAAUAGGUCAUGACAUCAGGCGAGGGGAGUGUGUGUUGGCUAAAGGGACACAUAUGGGCCCGUCAGAGAUCGGCCUGCUGGCUACAGUGGGAGUGACUGAGGUCAGCGUGCACAAGUUCCCUGUGGUGGCCGUCAUGUCCACUGGAAACGAGCUGUUGAAUCCAGAGGAUGACCUCCACCCAGGGAAAAUCCGAGACUCCAACCGCUCAACUCUGCUGUCCACUAUCCAGGAACACGGAUAUCCCACCAUCAACUUGGGCAUCGUUGGAGACAACCCUGAUGACUUGCUGUCAGCUCUCCAUGAGGGAAUCAGUCGCGCCGAUGUCAUCAUCACCUCAGGGGGUGUGUCCAUGGGAGAGAAGGACUACCUAAAGCAGGUGCUGGAUAUUGACCUUCAUGCUCAGAUCCACUUUGGACGAGUCUUCAUGAAGCCAGGUCUUCCUACUACCUUUGCCACAGUUGACAUUGAUGGAGCACGGAAACUCAUCUUUGCUCUGCCAGGUAACCCAGUGUCUGCAGUGGUGACAUGUAACCUGUUUGUGAUUCCUGCUCUGAGGAAGAUGCAAGGCAUACUGGACCCUAGACCUACAAUUAUUAAAGCUAGGCUUUCCUGUGACGUGAAGCUGGAUCCCAGACCAGAGUACCACCGCUGUAUUCUCACCUGGCAUCACCAGGAGCCACUGCCUUGGGCACAAAGCACAGGCAACCAGGUAUCCAGCAGGCUAAUGUCAAUGCGUAGCGCCAAUGGUCUGCUGAUGUUGCCUCCGAAAACAGAGCAGUACGUGGAGCUGCAUAAGGGCGAGGUUGUGGACGUCAUGGUCAUCGGACGGCUAUGAUGCAGACUUCAAUGUCACUCGCUACCGAUUACCAUGGCAGUGCCAGGACUUCCUGUCUGGACAGGAAACGGGCGGGGGCAGGAAGUGAUGCAUGUCUACCUGGUCGCCAUUAGCUGUGAUGUCAUAUGCAACAGCCAAUCGGAGCCAGCGGAGGCUGAAACCUCAUUGGUCUGCUCUGAGGAGAUCACUGUAUUUCAAUGGAGAAAAAAUGUGAAAAAAAAUAUAAAAUAUGAGAUUUAUUCUGUAAUAUUAUUAUUAUUAUCCUGAUGAUAAUGAUUAUUAAUAUUCUUAAUUAAUAUUCUAUUUAUUAUUAUUAUCAUGGUUCUGAUUGAAUAUUAUCAUCUUAGUAGUAAUCAUGCCCUCUUCUCUCCUGUUCAUUUGCUUUGUGCGUUCGACAUUUUUCCCUGGUAGAUAUAGAGAUAUAGAGACUUUGUCCUCCUUCCUCCACUCCUCCUGAUCUUUUUUCCUUUUCUCUCCCCCUUCUUUCUCUCUUCUUCCUCUUUUCUGCUCUGGCAUCCUCUACCCAAAUAUAGAAACUCCUUGAUACCCCCUCCCUGCAGUAUCACUACAUCUCUUCCUGAAACACACUGACCCUAACAUCAGUAUUGACAGAAAAUGAACUAAAGACUUAUAAAAACAUCUUUUGAUUGAAGCUGCUGAUAUAGUUUGUGCCAGUACAGUAAAAAAUGACUUUUUUGCUAAAAAAAGGAAAAAAAAAAUACAAGGAUAUUUGUUUUUGGGUUUUUUUUUCUCUAGGUAUAACAUUUUCAAACCAUACUAAGACACUAAAACUCAUCAUGACUCUCAAUGAAAGCCAUGAAACUCUCUUAGGUGGGUCAGUGGCUUGGCUUUAAGGCAGGGUGAGGCACAACUCAUUGACUGAAAUCCUCACCACACUGGGAUGAUUUCUGUGGUCUGACAUCAGAUAUAAUCGUAAUUGUUAUAAUAAAAUACAUAAUGAUUUCUAAGAUCUGUAGUCAGGGAGGAACUUCCAUCCCAGGUGGGCCACAUAAACACUAUUGGUAUAACCCCAACCCUGCACUCAAGUGGUGUUUGAUUUACACGAGUGUAUAGUUUACACCAUAAAACAUACAGUACAGAAUUGAAAUAGUCUUUGAUAAAUGCGGUAUUUGCAUUUUUACAGCUAUUAGAGGAUAUUGCGAUAUUUUAUGUUUUUCUUUUUAUCAACAAAUCCCAUAAAAUGACCAAUAAUAAUAUCUCUUUUAACUAAAUCUGCCUACCAACACAGAUUGGCAUUUUUAUACUUAAAUUUUUGAACAAAUUAGACAACCAAUAUAAAGCCCCUCCCUCACUGGACAAAACUCAUUAGCAUUUGUCUUUUGUCUUUAGUGGGAAAGGUUACAAAAUGCCUUUAUUCACGUGACAAACUACUCUGCAGUAGUCAUGGGAAUUUAUCAGCUUGUACAGGCAACGAUGGAUAUACGGGUGAACAUGCUCAUUUUUGCCCCUUUUGCGGAGCGAUGCAACGAUGAGCUGCCACAAAUUUCAUCUGUUUCUGUCCAACCAUUGCUCGAACAUCAUUUCAGAUUUGAUCACUACCAAGUUUGAAAGAGACUUAAUAAGUAACAGAAACAAACAAACAAAAACAAAGCAACCGCUGUAACAUUUUCACCGGCCUCCAUGCUGCUUUCUGCUGUGUGUGAACCUUUUUUUUUGGUGCAUCUGUGGGGUUGAACGUAACACACAAAAAAAGGCAUACUCGUCUGCCGGCUCUGGUCUACUAGCAAUGGCAAAGGAGUCUUAGCCUAUUUUAGCAGGUUUUCCCACAUUUAAAAAACUUGCAUAUACACUAAUUUUGAUGGGCAAAGGGUAUUCAUGAGCUUUAGAGAUGCUGGAUUGUGUUGUCUUCAGACAGAGCCACGCAAGCUGUUUCCUCUUGUUUCCAGUCCUAAUGCUAAGCUAAGCUAACUGGCUGCCGGCUUCAGCUUCAUAUUUGGUGACAGAUGUGAAAGUGGUAGAAAGAGCUUCAUGUUAAAAGAUCUGCCUUUUUUUAAUCUAACUUUGAUAGGAUUCUUUACCAAAAAAUCAAACUUUUCCUUAAAAAAGCUCCAAGUAAAAAAAAAAAAAAAGGCUGAGUAAUCUCAUAAAACAGCUGGGCCUUAUAUUUUUAGCAAGCACUGCAUACUUGUGGGGAACUAUUUUUAGCCACGGAUUAUUAUACAUAUGGUGCGUAUUUGAGUAUUUGGAGUAGCAGAAGGUAUAUGUCAGACCUGGAAGUUUAAAUUAACUGCAUGAAAAGGCUUUCAGGUCAAAUGGACUGCACUGUACUGAUAGAAAAUAAUGAAUACUAUCAUAAAUAUCCUUAAAGCACUGAACAAUUUGAUGUCUGAAUGGUAAAUCAUUAAGUUUACAUAACUAAAAUACUUAAGUACAGCAGAACAAAUAUAUUUGUGUGGAAUCAUUACGAAAUUACCUCAACUUGUCUUCUUCAAUUGAGUCAACUUAAAAUUUUACAGCAGCCUCGAUAUUAACUUUUUAAAGUUAAAACAAUUUUCUUUUGCAGUGUAUGUGGGAUUUAGUCCAGAUCAACAACAGUGUAUGUGUGUGUGUGUUUACGGUAAUGGAGGAACAUGUCACCCAGUGCAACAGUGUGGCUCUUUGAUGUGUUUUCAAUAGCCUUUGGACAACAAUUGCGCUCUGUGGCACAGAGGAAGAAGCUUUGAUACACACACACAGCACUUAUUCGAAUGAUCAGAUCACCGGGUCUUUUUGUGUGAUUUGUUGACAGUAAGAAAAAUCUAGAAUAUCAUCAGAUUAUUCUUUAAGUAGCCAAAGAUGAAUAACUAUACCUAACCGACAGCUAGUCUCAAAAGGCUGGCUUCCGGCUGCCCCCAUUUCUUUUCAUACCAUACAAACAUGAACGAAAGAGUCGUUUGAGUGAGUUGUGACAUACUGUUUUCCCAACUCAGAGAAAACUCCGACCCGACAUCACUUGAAAGCAGGGUGUCGCGUUCAGGUGCUCGUAAACUACACAACUGGUGUAUUUCUACCAUGACAGUGUUAAGGUGCUUGUUAAAGUCAAAAGAAUCAACACAGUUCAAGGCUGUAAAAUAAACGACAUCAUUUGACUGCUUUUCUCUCAAUGUACUGUACAUAGUCUGAGCAACACUGAGAUAUAAAGAAGACCUUGUUUGAUAGUUAGCCCACAAAAAAAAGAAAAAAAAAGAAGAAGCUUAGUUUAUUAUUAGCAUUAACAAGGUAGUAGGCUGGUUGGCUGCUGUAUCCUGCUGAUUCAACACUGAAACUUAAAUUGUUUACCAAUUAACAAGGACCGUCCAAAUGCAUCAUAUGCAAUCUGUGAGUCCCAAGCAUUCACCAAUGCACCAUACCUUAACUCCUCUAGUUCCUCAUAUUCUUCCUAUCAGUGUAAUCAGUGCCAAACAAACCCACUCGGUCAAAGGUGGAAUGCUGCGUUCAGGUCAUAUUGGAAUAAUGGUAUAAAACUCUGGUACUUAUUUGAAUUUAUUGGUACUAAAGAUGACAUCAUUGGUGUUUUUCCUUGCUGCUGAUAGUCUUCACGCUUCAGUUAACCCCACAGAUAUCAAGUGUUAACUUCCAGAUCCGAAGCUCAUGUCUACGACCUUUCCUCUUUGACCUUAAUGCAGCACUAGUCACAACUUCUGAGCUUUGACCCCUCUCCUGACAGGCUGAUGCAGUCUUCCUCCACCCCUCCCCUCGUUCCUCCCUCUCUUCUUCAUCUUCCUUUUUUCCUCCCCUCCCUCUCCACACUUGCAUGCCCAUAAAAGGGGGCGUGUCAUUCUCUUUGGGCAGGUUUCAUUCCAGGCAUGAGACGAGGGGUGCAGCACCUGGGCAGGACUUCUGAUCUGACUAUAUGUUACAUUCAUGGCAGUUCUCGAUGCGAUUUUUGGCACGUGAGAGCAGUUUUCAAAGUCCAAGCUUUGGUACCAACACUGUCUUCUCAUAUAUUCCUCUAGCUCAGAUGUCAGAAACUUCCCAGUUACCUCAAAUGCACCAUAUAUCUAUCAAUGGCUCAUGCUGGGUUCAUGUCAUGUUAGACAAAGAGGAAGAACAGGGUGACUUUAUUGUAAUAGUUUAAAGGCAGACAUUUAUUCGCUAUAAGGACCACAUCCAAAUUAUGUUGUUGUUUUUUUGUUUUUGUUUUUUUUUUUUUUUAAAAGUAUUCAAUUAAAAUGCUUCCCACAUUUUUUAGGCAGGUCAUAAUUACGCUAAACCCAUUAUGACAUGAACACAGCAUCAGAGCACGUCCUGGCACCUGCCCAAGGAGGACCAAUCAAACCCAGAUAGAUCCAUUUGAGUAAGAAGAAGCAGGUUAUUGUUAAACUGCCUUUGUACUGAGUGAUUCGUAACACUGGACUGAACUCAGUGUCACACUGCACACACUAUAAACUAUGACCAGCACUUGUAAUGAAGCAAUGACACAGCAUUCUACUACUACUGUAUAAAUAUAAUGAAGAGGAUGUUUUUUUCUGUAAUGAUAUUAUUGAAACUGAAGAUGAAUUAAUAAAAAUAAUCCUGAUUAUUCUGUA